CCCGGCUGCUUGUGCCCUGAGGCCCUGGAACUGCAGCCAUGGUGGUGUACUGGAGACAGGCUGGGCUCAGCUACAUCCGCUAUUCCCAGAUCUGUGCCAAGGCUGUCAGAGCAGCAAUGAAACCACAAUACAAAGCUGAGACAGAAAAAGCUGCUGUGGCUACUAUAAAAAUAGUGAAACCUAAAAAGGAGUAAGGUGAUUGGCCCUGUGAUGAACUGUAUGGACAAAAUAUCAAGUGAAGACAAGGUCAUGGGUCUGCAGAUGUGCAAUGUAGUCUCUCCA